AGGCUACUAACAUAAACGUUGUCGGCUUGCGGGUUUUCAGCCAGUCUGUGUCGCGCUCCCGAGUAAUGUGUAGUCGGUCCUCCGUAAUUAUUUCACACUAUAUACAUGAAGUUUAUCUUAUAGUUGAGAGAAGAUAUAGAUGAGGAAGAACUCUGCAAAAUAAUCGAGGCAGUAUAUAUAGUCACUCAAAGGGGCCAAGUAAAUAUUGCACUAUAAAUAAAUAAAAAGGGGGAAGAAAAUAUGAGGGAAAUAAUCAGCUGAUAUCCCAAUGCUCGAUUAUUAUUUAUUGAAUAAAAGAACUCCUCAAAACAAGGAAGAGGUCGGAGAGCGAGAGGGUAGUAUAACGUCCUCAGUUGAGAGGGAGAAACAAAAGACGUCUUAUAUAUCCGUACGGUCCUCAACGUCUUCUCUUGGGGUCGGGAAUUUUUAAAGUUACCCAACAGGUUUUAACUCAGUGGGAUUGUGCCCGGAGGUGGACAGUUAACGUCUUAGUGUAUCGUAAAUCUUUCAGAGAUUUAUAUUAUUUAUCCCACUUCCAUAUCAUGUAUGGGAAACAAUUGAAAAUAUAAUCGUCGAAAUACAGAAAAAAAUAUAUUCAUUGAUAUACAUAUCGUGUGAAUUUAUUCGUCCAGACAAUCCUGCACGGCAAAUCGAUCAAGAUUACGAUUUGAAUGAUGCGAGAUGAUUUGACAUUACAUCAGAUAAUCGUACGCUACAUCUUGACCCCCAGAAACAUCGCUUGAUCGAACGUUGAUGUCUCCGACCGAUCCUAAAAGAACCGCUCUAGUUUCCAAAUUUGAAUGAAGUUCAAAAGAAACUAUGAAAGCGUAAAUACGGAAAAAAACGUACCUAUCUGUAUCCGUAAAAAGAAAGAGAAUUGAUUCGAAAAAAUACUCCUUAAAUUUGUUGAUCUUCUGCAUCAUUAAUCGAUGCAAAAAUGACCUCAACGUUACCGAGCAAAGGGACAAUAGUUAGCGGCGUUCACGUGAAUUCCAACAAGAUGGAUAACAGACAAAAAAUUCAAACCGAUCCGUCGAAGGACGAAUCUAGAUCGUUCCUAAGUUUUUCCCGUGAGAAUUUAAGCAUUUCUCACUCGGAUUUGGAGCAAGGUUUCAAUAGGACGCGGCCACGCGUUCGAAUCGACACGAUUUUGAGUAUCACCGCGAUUAUUUUAGCCCUUUUUUGCAUCGGCCUUGAAAUAUGGAAGAUACAAGUGACGAUUGAUAACGCCAGAGAAAUCGAUGUACUGAAACAGGACGUCGAAACUAUGAAGCACAGACUUCUGGAGGAGGAUCUACUCGAUGAACUAAAAGCGUUUGAGGAACAGAUGAACGCUGAGGAUGAGGACGACGACGUGGACAACGAAGAUGAUUAUUUAUACGACGAUGAAUACGACGACGACGACGACGACGACGACGACGACGACGACGACGACGACGAUGAAAACGACAAAUCGGUUUUAGCUUCCGACGAAUAUCUGAGCGAUUAUCACUCCGCUCCUUACAAAACUCAGGCUUCCGGUUCCGUCGAUGAAAAAACUGUAAGUGGAUUGAAGAGAGAGGGUGAUUUGGACGAGGUCCUCGCCGCCCUCAGGAAUGCGGAGACGAAGCGAGGUCAGGAAUUUGAUAAUGGAUUUACGGAUAACAGGGAGAAAAUCGAUAGGGGUCGACUCGUCCUUAAAGAUAAGAACCAACGAUUCGCGGCGACUAAAAUCCAGCAGAAAAAAUUAUCACCAACAAAUAAAGAUGUCGAAGAAUUCGCGGAAGAUGAUGCUGAGAAAAUUAUGUCAACUUCGAUCAAACAGAAGCGUUCGCUUGAACACCAAGAGGAACGACCAAUUGGGUUCAACCCCAGCGGUAUUCCGAUAUACGCGAAUAGCUACUUACUCAGAAGAACUGGAAAGAAUUCCACGCGAAAUAAUUUAACCACGCCAAAACUCAGGUUGUACGAUACGCUGAUGAAACACCACGGCAAGAUUGUCACCACGGAAAGAAGUGAGGAACCGUCAUCGAUACAUCACUCGAUCAUAACAUCGUGGGAUAAAUACCCGCCUAAAAAAUAUUACGCCCAGUCAAGGGCAGAGACGUCACACGUGACUCCACCACCGUCUUAUACAUCUCGGCUAGAGAAUCCACGGCGAAUAAAUGGACGUCGUUCGGGGGGUUGGCGAGAAGAGGAAGGUCCUCAAGCACUUACGCGGAAGGAUUCAUCGGAUAGGAUAAACCAACGAGAAGAAAGUGAGGGCGCCUUGAAGAAAUUACCCGGAGCCACCACUCGGCUUCAAAAACGUCGGGGUAUGACCCGACGUCAUCUCAGAGGUCAGAAAAUGAUAGUCGCUGCCCAUUAUUCCGCUGACAGUACUCUUUUCUCGUCCGAAGAUGAGCAUGUAGGAAACGGUAAAGGACGCCAUGAUCAAGGUGUAUUUAAAGCCUGGAGGGCUUCGAACUGGAUGUCCGAUCUUGGAAUGAAUCGACAUUUCACCCUUGCUACCGAUGGGCAUUUAACCGUUCAAGAAACCGGUCUUUAUAUUAUAUACGCCCAAAUUCACUAUCUCGACGCCCACGACGAGAACGGUUUCCAAGUUUUAGUGAACGGAAAUUCAAUUUUUCAGUGCAUGGUUUACAGUCCAGGAAUUGAACACAAAAGCAGAUCUUGUUUUUCUGCGCAAGCUACGCUCUUGCAGUCUGGUGAUCACCUGUUACUAAAAGAUGUGGGAGACGACAGGUAUACAUUGUUCCAGCAUGACAAGAGUUUCUUCGGUCUUGUCAAACUUGGAGAUCCACGAAUCCCUCCCGCGAGACAAAUGGCGCAAAAAUAAAGCCCCCUUACUAUCAGUGUAAUACCUAAGAAGUAUUUAGGGAUGCUUAAGCAAGGAAUGACAAUUCAAACGGUACAUCUGUUGUUCACGUCAUCAUUGUAAGUAACCAUCAUUUGACAGUGAAUUUUAAUUAGCAAUCAGUUAAUGUUGCAAAAUUUAGAGUAAAGCUAGAGGAUAUGGAGGUAUACAAUGCAUAAUUAUUUAACGCUACUGCGAAUAUAAUAUAAAAUGAUUGAUGAGUAUAAUCUUAGUUUAUGCAUACGUAUAUGCCUACAUAUAUUACUAUAUUAAAAUAUUAUUUAACAAUUUGAAAAGCUUCUAGUGCCAUCGUUUUCUAUUAAUGCCUUGAUAUCGUCGUCAGUGUGAUGUUUUUUUUAUCUUUUUUUUUUAUAAGCUAGGCAAUUAGUGAUCUCAAAUAUAUCUAUAUAUUUUUACGAAUAUGUAAAUAAUAUUUUGUAUUUUAUUACUAUUACUACUACUACUAUUAUUAUUGUUAUUAUUAUUAAAAUUGCUAUCAUUAUUAUUAUUAUUAUUGUGUAUUAUAAUAAAUAACUCUUUAUAUCAAAUGACGUAUAUGUAAUAUGAAAUUGUUAAUUAUUGAAACAUUGAGAAGAUUUGAAAAUUUGGUUACUCGAUGAAGAGAGUUGUUGAAAAUUCAGUGAUAACUUUCCUCGGACGUUCAGUUGACUAUAGCUAACCCGAUUCAUUGAAAUUGAUUCACUUACCGCUCUGGGCACUUAACUCGCACGAAAUGUGGACAAACAUACAGACAUAUAGAGAGACUCUUUGAGAUUGAUUCGAAGUAAUGAAGACUAGACUGAUUAGAAAAUAAUUAGGUCAAUUGUAGAAGAAUAUUUGAUCACACGCGAUUAAAUUGUAUCUGUGUACGCAUGUUGAUAUAAAAAGUUGAAUUGACUCAUAUGGAAUUAACAAGAAUUAACCGACAGACGAAUAAAGUGCGACAUUCAACUUGAAAAUGUAAUAACAGAAGAGUUCGAAGAACUAGAAGUAGAUCACCUUAUUCUAUGUUCUGCAUUUCGGCUGCUGGAAAUAUAUUUUGAAUUUUUAUUGAGCCUCGAAUCGAUUAUGAACGGUGAUUAUCACGUAUUUUGAUUACGUUUAACUAAAGUAAAUCAUGUUACGAAAAGCGAUAAUUAAUUAAAUGUGGCAGGGAAGUCUUUCUACAAUAAAAAAAAAAAAGAAAAUGCUCAUCGAGUUGUAACAGCUAAAUGCGGAAUACUCAAUGAGAAAGCAAUGGAUCCUUAUUUCAAUACAUCUGCCUACGUGUAGUCAAUGUCAAGCUUUCCCAAUAUAACAAAUAAUAUCAAUACUCGUUUAAUUGAAAAGCUUCUGCUUGGACAACCUACGGGGGUAUCUCGACAAUGAAUUCUGUACGUUUCCUUGAAUUCAUUCACACCGUUGCCCGAUAGUAUGGUAUACGUAUACAUAUAUCCGUAGCAUCGUAUUUCUCGGAUUUCAACGUGAUAACGGGCGUGAUUUGAUCAGAACUCAGGGUAGCGUUGAAAAGUACGGUUGAGUAAAUAUUGAUAACGCAUCAUUAGUGAAACAAAAACGUAAAGAUCUUCCGUCGAGAGCUACAAUUUUUCUUUUAUUCAAGUAUAGGUAAAUUUAUAGGGAAACUUUCAUUCGUCUCCAGGUACGUCGUACCUAUACCGCGUAUUUAUCGCAUGCUUAUCGUUUGUUGUUUUCUGUCGAGAAGAAACAAGAGGUAUCAAGUUUCACGGCAGCGAAUCUCCGCCGAAUACCGUAGGCGACGGUCGCUAGUACAUAAUAACGUAGUACCUUUACCGUCUAUUUAAUGUGUAUGUACGUACUUACAUACACAGAUGUUCUUGGAAGAAAAACUGCCGAGGGCAAAAUCUUAUCGAGGGCUCAUGAUAUUGUACGUGUGUUCGUCUUCUGGAAUACAAAGCACACGCUACACUCAAUAUCUUGCAUGUUUCGCGGAAUUUUUGAAAUUUGGGAUUAUAUUAUAAAAGUGAAAAAAAAAUGAUAAAAUUUAUAUUCAAAGCAUCAUUCGUAUCUACAGAACCGUUCACUUUCGAUGUCUACGAUAUGAAAUUCCCAUUUCUGGAUUGCUUUUGAAAACCGGUAUAUAUAUGUAUACGUUAGCGAUCGAAAACUGGAUGACGUGAAUAACAAUAUAUAAAACAUUGUUUUUAUAAAAAUCGUUCAUCCAACAGGAGACUCAUUAACAUCGUUUCUCUGACUCCGGUAUCUAUUUGAUAACACGGACGUUUGCCCAUUCCAUUAUUUUAUUGUAAUAUAAUGUAACGUUUUCUCAGACGCGCCCCGGUGAAAAUUUGACUUGUUGCUGUGUCGCCAAAAAGACAUGCGCAAUUAUAUCGAUUGAAUUUUCAUCUAUAUAAAGGUAUGAGAGCUUGGUUGUUGGCCAGCAGAACGAAUUCCGCAGUCGAGCAAAAUCGAGGAAAAAUCAUACAUAUUAAUCUGCACACGGAUUGUUAUAUAGGAUCAAAAUUUCAUUUUCGAAUCCCUAAAAUCUCUGAAAAUUGAUCCAUAAUUCACAACCGAACGUGCGGAUGAAAUAUUAAUCAG